UUCUGUCGUAAAAAACGUAAACAUUGCUCAGUCUAGUGGAUCUAGUAGCAAUACGCACUGGAUAAACUUCCCAUAAUGUGUCAAGUAGUGUCAAUUGAUUGAUGAUCGCUAAUCAAAUCAUCUCCCAAGCCCUAAAAUCGUCAUCAUUCCCUCAAUUACAGUUGGGCCUUUAAAUAAUUGAGAUGAACAAAGAUUUAACCUCCAAACGUACCCCCCUGAGGAACAGCAGUCUGGCUAACAGGCCUUUUCGCUCACCAUUUGCCUCAAUAACUCCUAAAUGUGAUAUUAAGCAAACACCACCUUUAAUUACAUCUACUACUACACCUACUACUGCUGACCAAAAUUCUACACCAAAAAGAAGCUUACCAUUCCCAGGGAAACCACAGAUAAAAAAAAGGAGAAUCGAGAUCGAAGUCUUGGAGAAUCGAGAGAAUAAGCGAAUAGAAGUGCCCUCAAAGACCCAACUCCUUAUUCUGAAGAAGAGGAUUCGAAGUAAAAGGCAGGAGGUCGAGAGUCUGAAGUCCCAGCUAGCCUGUAGGAAAAAACACAACAGAGAAGACGUGCGAAAAGAGAUCGACAGAUGGAGGGGUGCCUGCCAGACUGCUCUAGUGCAAUUCCAGAGAGACUGGAAUGAGACAAAUGGAGAUGGGAUUCACUACGAUAUGAGGAGAAUUCUCACAAUGCUCAAUAUCCCUGAGGAAAUCGUUAAAUUUCCAGAUGAGUUUGAUUUAGUUUAAACAAAUCAACGGGCUGUCCAAGAGUCCUCAUAUUUUCGUUAAUUGUUCAUAAUUGUUUUAUCAAAAAUAUAUAUUUAAUUCUAAAGUAUAUACGAAUCUAUCCUAGAGUGACAUUUAAGAAUAAUCGAGAUUAUGAAUGCCUCAUUCACGUAAAACAUUUAAUGUCAUACGAAAUUUACCCCUUGAUUCUACCCUUAAAUACUCAGCAUCUUGGCACAAUCCCCUAAAUGUGCCGUCCUUCUUAAGGGAUUAUUCGGGUCCUGAGAAGGCUCUGACGGUCAUCAUCGCGAUUGGUGAAGAAAAAA